AUGUCCGAAAUCCAAGUCGCUGUGACUACCCCUGACGGCAUAUUAGAAGAUCUGGAAACCAGGCAGAAAAAGCGGACAGCAUGCUCAUGCUGGCCGCGCAAUCGAGGCGAAGACAGAAUUGACAAUGGCCUGAAUCCCCUGUUUGAUGAUCGAGCAGAUGUGGAGAUUCAAUACGAGGAGAAAAUCGACAAGAUCCUCCGGCAAGGGAAACGUCCCGAUCGUGUGAUGGGGCUCAGAGUCACGACAAGAUUGGACAGGAUUCUGAAAGAAACGAUAGGUCCAAUGGGCAAAUUGGUCGGCGAAUCAGCCAGAAUGACUUCGCUUAAAGGAAGCAUACCACUUCUAUUUCCAUUCCUAAUCCUGGAGGCCAAGUCGGAAAAAAGUGCAGACACGUUCUCCAAGAUUGACUUACAGUCUGGAUUCGCAAUUCGUAACUUGCUUCAGCUCCAGCGCGAUCUUGCGCGGGCCACAAGUGAAAACCAACAAUACGGGAUGAAGCCACUGGUUUGGUACUUGGCAUAUAAAGGAGAGGAAUGGCGCGUUUCAGGCGCCUACGUGGAAGAAACGAACAAAGAUUCUGGACCAAACUACCGCAUACUGCAAUUAUGGCACGGAAACAUCACCUGGCCACAAGAAGCACUUCGCCUACUUUUAAUUAUUGAUUACAUAUUCGAUUGGGCGCGCGAUGUAUACCGCAGAGACAUCAUCAAUAGAUUGCUGUCUUUGGCCACGAAUGCCUCCCAAAGUCUGCUUGCAGAUACGGAUGUCGGCAGCACCUACAAUGAUUUUCCUGGCAUAUUCGGUGACGAUAUCGAUGAACCUGCAAUAGCUAACUACAUCGAGCAGAUUGAGCCUUUCGAUGUUCCUCACCUACUAACUUUCUUCGACCACGGAAAUCUUGCGCUCCGUGAUGCUAGAUAUAUGACACACAAAGUCUUGGCUUUACAUGUUACUUUGGAAAACCUCGACCAGAUUCUAAGCAAAAUGAACACCAAGGAAAGUGCAAGACAGCUUGCGAGGCAACUGUGGAGGGCGAUAAGCGGCAUAGGGACAUGGUCUGUCACUGCAGACUGUCUUAACGCUGUUGAAAAGUUAUGGACGGGCCAGGAUCGAGAACCAUACACUUUUCAGAACCCGGAACAGCGAUUUCUAACAUCCUUUGCCGUGGACUCUUACCUCACGGAUGGCGAUACCCGUGGAAUGGUCAAAUUUGACCUGUGGAAUCAGGUUCACUCCCUGACAUACAUUGCAAUAGCUCACGAUGCGUUGCGAGCUCUACAAGUGAGAGCAAAUUUCGGUCCUCGCCCUCCGUAUCUGGACAUCGCAAAUUGCCCCGAGAUACAUACAGAACGGGUUGUGGAUCUGCUCAGAAGUUUGCGAUUCUCAUCGGUUCGACAGUGUUUCGCGGCUGCCAUUGCCAGAUCUCAGCUGUAUUCUGGAUCUCGAAGGAGGCCACAAGGCGAUGUAUCCAGUUUCCCAGCAUGCCAAACUGAGUAUGGAGUUGUCCGCUACUUUACUCCAUUCUUGACGACAUUUCAAAGGCCAGCUAGUGCGAGUCCAGCAAUACUGCCUAGGAAAAUGUACAAGCUGUUGAAGAUUGGGAUGGCCGAGCCGGCUGAGAGCUUUCUGCGCGUUUCCCAACAGUCCACUAAGCACGAAAUCAAAGCGACCCGCUCGGGACCAGUGACUUGGUCGAGAGAAACCCGGGAAAUGAUUAGGGAAUUCGAUGCUGUACUCGUGGAGGGAGUUGAUGCUGAAACUAAGAACGGCGAAAAACAUGACCUGGCCCGGUACUGUCUUUUCUUCUUUGAUACUCCUCCACUGGAAGUCUGUCGGGACACACUACGCACAUUCUUCAAUGUCCGCUUGGAAGAGUAUAAUUUCCGUGAUACAAAGUGUGAGGGGACUGAAGAGUUACGACACGGCCUCGAGAUUUUGGAACAUGUCUCGACGCAAUAUCAGUUGAUUGAAUCAAUGGACACAAACGGUGGUCUCAACAGUGUUCCAGACUGGAUUAAAGAGAAAUGCAAAGCCCUCGCAUACCCCCACGUCAAGUGGCCGUAUACCUUUUCCAAGACACUUGACGGCAUCAAAAAAUUGAGCAAGACAUAUGACUUCGGUCAGACUCUCCGUUGCCUUGUUUUGGCCUUUCAAACGGGUCUUUCACCUCAGAACGAAUUCCCUGAGCUCAAGGAUAGACUGGCUCCCCUCAAAGAGCGAGUAGCAGCAUGGAAAGGUCUUCCAGCCGACUCUUCUGCAUCGAUCUCACCAUCCACUGUCCAGCAUUACGCCGAUCCACAACGAGUCAUAGUCAUCGAUGAUGCAGGUGAUGACAUGGAAAGACGAGCUCGUCCAUCGUCAGACAGCGGCAUUGAAGUCAUUGCAACAGGACCAACAAAUCGCAAGCGUCGACUAGAUGAAAUUUGA